UGUCACCCCAACAUACACACAGCCUAGACACAUUUAGUUGGCUCACUAGGCCUCUUGUGAUCCUCACCUAAUGCGAGCUGCGAGCUGAAGUCUGCCUACCUACUCAGCCUUGCGGCACAGCUUUGCGGCACAGUCCCUUGGGGCCCGAAUGUAGUUCUGACGCCUGCCCCUUUAACACCCCAAAUUCUUCAAUGAUAACUCGGUAUUGUUCUAUCACUCACCUACCUAGUUUCGACAAUUGCCUCUAGCAUACUCAGCUUUUCCGCUCAUUUUCGAUUCCGAUGUCUCCAAACCCCAUUACCUUGCUUGGCACUUUAUACAACCGUGUUACGCGCAACAAAGCUGUCAAACGGAAGCAGAAUAGGGAUAAAUGGCGAGAAAAAGCUACGGCGGCCUGGAAUGCGCGCCUACCCUCCGAUCGCUCCUCGGACGAGACCUGCCUAGUUAGGAGUAUUCAGCGUGACGUAUCUACUCAGUCGAACUCGCUCUUCUUCCGCAAGCUGCCUCUCGAGAUCCGAAGACUCAUAUACGCCAACGUAGUAGGGGGAGAAGAACUUCGUCUCCAAGUUAUCAACGAGAACAAAAAGGCCUAUAAUGGAGACGAGAUAGGGAAAGAGAAAAUACCAUUCAAGCUUACGUGCCCCAUGGGACGACGACUACUAGCUUUCCCGAUAUCUUGCAAACUAGCUUAUAUGGAAUCGGUGGACGAUCUAUACACCUGCAACACGUUUCGACUCUCUGGAGUUACACCGUAUUGGUGUUUACAGCGGUUCCUGCCUAGCCGAUCUUUCGGCUUGAUCCAAGACCUCCAUCUACAGUAUUCAUACCCUCAAGCUGAUCACAUGGUAGACGGACUCAUUCUUGGGAUACCACCUUAUGGUAGUGAUUGUUGGCGCGAGACCUGUGAGGAUAUAUCCAAAAUGAAAGGUCUAAAUCAUUUGAGGGUUGACAUUUUUGUAUGGGCGCCGUAUAUUCAUGCCGAACACGAGGCUCUUUUCUUCUCUCCACUAACGAAUCUCGGAGAUUCGGUGAAGGUUGAGGUACGCGUUUGUUGGGAAAAGGACAGUUCAGUGCCCGAGGAAGAAAUAUGGCCCUUUAUUGUAAGCAGAGAUAUGGUCUACCAUGAGGAGAGUAACGGACAUUUCAGCUUAGACGCUGAGUUAGCAGAGGACCAGCAGCCGAAGUCCCAGGAGGCAUUGCAGUGCUAGGAAGAUGAUGAGUAUCUCACCGAGUCAAUCAAUGACAUUAGUUAUUGGCCAUCAAAGUUAUUAGAAAAGGCACAAUUGAAGUCUGUAAUCUUAUGGCAGCA